ACGUGGGGCGCUGGCUGCGCCUGCGGAGAAGCGGUGGCCGCCGAGCGGGAUCUGUGCGGGGAGCCGGAAAUGGUUGUGGACUACGUCUGUGCGGCUGCGUGGGGCUCGGCCGCGCGGACUGAAGGAGACUGAAGGCCUUCGGAUGCCCAGAACCUGUAGGCCGCACUGUGGACUUAUUCCUAAGCGAGGGGGUGCUGGGGGGACCCUGAUGAGGCACCAAAUGAAAUGAACAAAGCUCCCCAGCCCACAGGCCCCCCACCAGCCAGGUCCCCUGGACUCCCACAGCCAGCGUUUCCCCCGGGGCAGACUGCACCGGUGGUGUUUAGCUCGCCUCAAGCGACACAAAUGAACACGCCUUCUCAGCCCCGCCAGGGAGGAUUCAGGUCUCUGCAGCACUUCUACCCUAGCCGGGCCCAGCCCCCUAGCAGUGCAGCCUCCCGAGUGCAGAGUGCAGCCCCUGCCCGUCCUGGCCCAGCUCCCCAUGUCUACCCUGCUGGAUCCCAAGUAAUGAUGAUCCCUUCCCAGAUCUCCUACUCAGCCUCCCAAGGAGCCUACUAUAUCCCUGGACCUGGAGCCUAUUAUCCAGCCCAAGGUGUGCAGCAGUUUCCUGCUAGUGUGGCUCCGGCCCCAGUUUUGAUGAACCAGCCACCCCAGAUUGCUCCUAAGAGGGAACGGAAAACUAUCCGAAUUCGAGACCCAAACCAAGGAGGGAAGGAUAUCACAGAAGAGAUCAUGUCUGGGGCCCGCACUGCCUCCACACCCACUCCUCCCCAGACGGGAGGCAGUCUGGAGCCUCAACCCAAUGGGGAGUCGCCUCAGGUUGCUGUCAUUAUCCGGCCAGAUGACCGGUCACAGGGAGCAGCCAUUGGGGGGCGGCCAGAACUGCCUGGCCCAGAGCAUAGCCCUGGCACAGAAUCUCAGCCUUCGUCGCCUUCUCCAACCCCAUCACCACCCCCAAUUUUGGAGCCGGGGUCUGAGUCUGUGAACCCAGCAGUUCCAGAGGUAGAGAAUCAGCCUCCUGCUGGCAGCAACCCAAGCCCAGAGUCUGAGGGCAGCAUUAUGCCCACACAGCCUGAGGAAGCAGAAGAAACCUGGGACUCUAAGGAAGACAAAAUUCACAAUGCUGAGAACAUCCAGCCUGGGGAGCAGAAGUAUGAGUACAAGUCAGAUCAGUGGAAGCCUCUAAACCUUGAAGAGAAGAAGCGUUAUGACAGGGAAUUCCUGCUGGGCUUUCAGUUUAUCUUUGCCAGCAUGCAGAAGCCAGAAGGAUUGCCCCAUAUCACUGAUGUGGUGCUGGACAAGGCCAAUAAAACACCACUUCGGCAACUGGAUCCCUCCAGACUACCUGGCAUAAACUGUGGCCCAGAUUUCACUCCGUCUUUUGCCAACCUUGGCCGACCAGCCCUCAGCAACCGUGGGCCCCCAAGGGGUGGGCCAGGUGGGGAGCUGCCCCGAGGGCCGGCUGGCCUGGGACCCAGGCGCUCUCAGCAGGGCCCACGAAAGGAAACUCGCAAGAUCAUUUCCUCAGUGAUAAUNACUGAAGACAUAAAACUAAACAAAGCGGAGAAGGCUUGGAAACCCAGUAGCAAANGGACAGCAGCUGAUAAGGAUCGAGGGGAAGAGGAUGCUGAUGGAAGCAAGACCCAGGACCUGUUCCGCAGGGUACGCUCUAUCCUGAAUAAGCUGACACCCCAGAUGUUUCAGCAGCUGAUGAAGCAGGUGANACAGCUGGCCAUUGACACGGAGGAACGCCUCAAAGGAGUUAUUGACCUCAUCUUUGAGAAAGCCAUUUCAGAGCCCAACUUCUCUGUGGCUUAUGCCAACAUGUGCCGCUGCCUCAUGAAUAUCAAGUUUAUUGGAGAGUUAUUCAAGUUGAAGAUGUUAACAGAAGCGAUAAUGCAUGACUGUGUGGUCAAGCUACUUAAGAACCAUGAUGAGGAGUCCCUGGAAUGCCUCUGCCGCCUCCUCACCACUAUAGGCAAAGACCUGGACUUUGCAAAAGCCAAGCCUCGAAUGGAUCAGUAUUUCAAUCAAAUGGAAAAAAUCAUUAAAGAAAAGAAGACCUCAUCUCGCAUCCGUUUUAUGCUGCAGGAUGUACUCGAUCUGCGGCAGAGUAAUUGGGUGCCACGCCGCGGGGAUCAGGGUCCUAAGACUAUUGAUCAAAUUCACAAGGAGGCUGAGAUGGAAGAGCACCGAGAACAUAUCAAAGUGCAACAGCUCAUGGCCAAGGGCAGCGACAAACGUCGGGGUGGCCCUCCAGGCCCACCUAUAAACCGUGGCCUUCCACUUGUGGAUGAUGGUGGCUGGAAUACAGUCCCCAUUAGCAAAGGCAGUCGCCCCAUUGACACCUCACGGCUCACCAAGAUCACAAAGCCUGGUUCCAUUGAUUCUAACAACCAGCUUUUUGCACCUGGAGGACGACUGAGUUGGGGCAAGGGCAGCAGUGGGGGCUCAGGAGCAAAGCCCUCAGACACAGCAUCGGAAGCUACUCGUCCAGCUACCUUGAAUCGCUUUUCUGCUCUUCAACAAACAUUACCCGCAGAGAACACAGAUAACAGACGUGUUGUACAGAGGAGUAGCUUAAGCCGGGAACGAGGUGAGAAAGCUGGGGACCGGGGAGACCGACUAGAGCGGAGUGAGCGGGGAGGUGACCGUGGGGACCGACUUGAUCGUGCCAGAACACCUGCCACCAAGCGAAGUUUUAGCAAAGAAGUGGAGGAGCGAAGUAGAGAGCGGCCAUCCCAGCCUGAGGGACUCCGCAAGGCAGCUAGCCUCACAGAGGACCGUGGUCGGGAUCCUGUGAAGCGGGAAGCCACUCUACCUCCAGUGAGCCCUCCAAAGGCUGCGCUGUCUGUGGAUGAGGUGGAGAAGAAAUCUAAGGCCAUCAUUGAGGAAUAUCUCCAUCUCAAUGACAUGAAGGAGGCAGUACAGUGUGUCCAGGAGCUGGCUUCACCCUCCUUGCUCUUCAUCUUCGUACGGCUUGGCAUCNAGUCCACGUUGGAGCGCAGUACCAUUGCUCGUGAGCAUAUGGGGCGACUGCUGCACCAGCUGCUCUGUGCGGGGCACCUCUCUACUGCCCAGUACUAUCAAGGGCUGUAUGAAACACUAGAAUUGGCUGAGGACAUGGAAAUUGAUAUCCCUCAUGUAUGGCUUUACCUGGCAGAACUGAUAACACCUAUUCUCCAGGAAGAUGGGGUACCCAUGGGAGAGCUCUUCAGGGAAAUUACGAAGCCUCUGAGACCCAUGGGCAAAGCUACUUCUUUGUUGCUGGAGAUCCUGGGUCUCUUAUGCAAGAGCAUGGGUCCCAAAAAGGUGGGGAUGCUGUGGCGAGAGGCUGGGCUGAGCUGGAGGGAAUUUCUAGCAGAGGGUCAAGACGUUGGCUCAUUUGUGGCUGAAAAGAAGGUGGAAUAUACCUUGGGAGAAGAAUCUGAAGCUCCUGGCCAGAGGGCACUUGCCUUUGAGGAGCUUCGUAGGCAGCUAGAGAAGCUGCUGAAGGACGGCGGCAGUAAUCAGCGUGUGUUUGACUGGAUAGACGCCAACCUGAAUGAGCAGCAGAUAGCAUCCAAUACAUUAGUUCGAGCCCUCAUGACAACUGUCUGUUAUUCUGCAAUUAUCUUUGAGACUCCUCUCCGAGUGGAUGUUCAAGUGUUGAAAGUGCGAGCAAGACUGCUGCAGAAAUACCUGUGUGACGAGCAGAAGGAGCUACAAGCACUCUAUGCUCUCCAGGCCCUUGUAGUGACCUUAGAACAGCCUGCCAACCUGCUUCGGAUGUUCUUUGAUGCUCUAUAUGAUGAGGANNUGGUGAAGGAAGAUGCCUUCUACAGCUGGGAGAGCAGCAAGGACCCUGCUGAACAGCAGGGCAAGGGUGUGGCCCUUAAAUCUGUCACAGCGUUCUUCAAUUGGCUUCGUGAGGCUGAGGACGAGGAGUCUGAUCACAACUGAUGGCGGGUGGGGCAGGGGACUUGGAGCCAUGGACACAUGGAUGGCCCAGCCAGCCAGCCNCCUGGACUGCAGGGGGGCAGCAGCAGCAGUGGCGGCAGUGGCAGUGGGUGCCUGUAGUGCGAUGUGUCUUGAGCUAAUAAAGUGGCUGAUGAGGCAGGAUGGCUUGGGGCUGCCUGGGCCCCCCCCCUCCAGGAUGCUGCCAAGUGUCUCUCUCCUCCCCCCAGGGCACAGAGAUAUAUAUAAAGUCUUGAAAUUUGGUGUGUCUUUGCGGGGGGAGGGGCACUACCGCCUGCCUCUAGGGUCCUUUUUUAUUUUCUGAAAUCACUCUUGGGACUGCCGUCCUCGCUGCUGGGGGCAUAUGCCCCAGCCCCUGCACCACCCCUGCUGCUGCCUGGGCAGGGGAAAGGGGGGGGCACGGUGCCUGUAAUUAUUAAACAUGAAUUCAAUUAA